AUGUCCGACCACGCUACCGAGGAACUACCGAGCGCAACGAUGGAGGCUGCCAACAGCGAAACGACGCAGCAGCAGCAGCCAACUGCUGCCGACAGUAAGGGAUCGACGGAAACGACGACGGCGGCGCCAGCGGUGAGAACGAUCGAAACGGUGGAGACGGCCACGAUGACUGAUGACGCAGAGCUGCCGCGGCAAGAAAGUGAAAGUUCCGCCACGGAGCAACAGCAGCCCGGAGCAGUCGGUGGAGAGGUGAUCAGCAGCAGCAGCAACGAUGAAGCAAGCAAGGAACCGGUGGAAGCGGAAGAGGAGCCGGACACACUGUCCCCGCUGAUGACGGACAAUCACACGUUCCUGCAGCACCAGGAGCUGCUGCGCGAGGGACCGCUGGCCGAGGCCGGUGAUGGUGAGCCCGCCGGAGACCGGCGGCUAGCCGAGGAUCAUCUCCACCGGCAUCAUCUGCACGGCGAAGACGAUGAGACCCACGAUUACGGGAUCUACGACGACGACGGACGUAGCCAUGAUGAGGACGACGAGGAGGAAGAUAUUGAGGACGAGGACGAGGACGAGAUGUUUAUGCCCGACGAUAUCGACGACGGUGGGCGGGGAGUCGGCCCGGCGAACAUGAGGCACUCCGACACGAAGGAAUCGAUCAGUUCGAUCGACAGUGACGUGUCGCUGUCGUACGAUCGGCGCAGUCUGACCGGGGAAACUAGCAUGGGGGCGGCUCGGCCGGCUCGUCACCACCGGCACCACCAGGUGGAGGACGUUGGGGCCGGGUCGUCCGACGACGCGGCCAAGGAUUCGGGCUGCGAGAUUGCGAAGCAACAGUCGGGCGACGGUGGCACGCUGACGGCCGACCAGGACGCCGACGAGGCGGACGGUGAGGAAGUGGCGUUCGAGACGCCGGACGAUGAGACGUGCGAGAAGAUCGUCGAGCAGGUGGAGUUCUACUUUUCGAACGACAACAUCCUGAAGGACGCGUUCCUGCUGAAGCACGUCCGGCGCAACAAGGAGGGCUUCGUGAGUCUGAAGCUGGUGUCGAGCUUCAAGCGCGUCCGCCAGCUGACGAAGGACUGGCGCGUGGUCGGGUACGCGAUCAAGCGGAGCAGCGCCAAGAUCGAGGUGAACGACCUCGGCACCAAGAUCCGCCGGCUGGAUGCGCUACCGGAGCACGACGAGACGACGCCAUCCCGCACGGUCGUUGCUACUGGGUUGCCGUACGACAAGUACACGGUCGAGCGGGUAUCGGAGCUGUUCUCGAAGUGUGGCGAAAUUUCGCUCAUCCGCGUACUGCGCCCCGGUGGCCCCAUCCCGGCCGAUGUGCGCCAGUUCAUCAACAAGCACCCGGAGCUGCAGCAGAACGAGUGCGCGCUGGUCGAGUUCACGGAGUCUGCGUCAGCCCGGCGGGCCCAGUCGCUGGCCGAGUUUGUCGUGCUGGAGCUGGUGGCGCCGAAGAAGAAGACGGGCAAGAAGGCGACCAAUGUGACGAAGUUCGUCGAGAGCUACAAAUUUGCCGCCGGCCACGACAUCGAGCGUAGCCGGGGCGGUGAAGGAUUCGACCGGUUCCGGAUGCGGCGUGGUUCCGGAUUCUACCCGAAGCCGGACGGCAUGCUGAUGAGCACGGUGUAUCAACCGGCGCCGCCGCCGCCACACCACCACCACCAUCCGCAUCACCACCAGAUGGCCGGUCCGCUGCUGAUGCAGCAGGAGUCGUCGCCUCCGCUCCAGUACAUGCAGCAUUCGCCGCAGCCACGCAAGUACUCGUUCGGAGCGGACACCUUCGAGUGCUUCCAGCAGCAACAGCAUCAGCCGCAGCGGCGGACCAGCGCGUACUCACUCGGCUCGGACACGGCACCGGCGGUGGCGGGACGCAAGUUCUCCAACUGCUCCGAGGGUUACUCGAGCUGUGGCGAGAUGUCACGCCGCACCUCGGCCUGCUCUUCCGAGGCACCGUCCUCGAGGCGGACAUCGAACUGUUCCGAGUACUGCGCUUGCACCGUGCCGCGCCGGAUCUCGCAGUGCUCUGGCAACGAGCUGAUGUUCCGCCGGAUCUCGCAGUGCUCGGCCGACCAUCCGCCGGCCGGCAUUCGCAAGUACUCGGUCGGCUCGAACUACGACCGCAAGUACACCAACUCGCCGGAGCUGGUCCAGCAGCAGCCCGCCACCGGGCCGCACCUGCUGCAGCGCCGCAUCUCGAUGGAAUCGAACGGUGGUGGGUUCGACCGGAAGUACUCAUCCGGGUCAAUCACCGGCUACCACACGGACAGUCCGCACAUCUCGCCGCGCAAGUACUCGAACGGGUUCGAUCCGCUGCGCAAGCUGUCCAGCGGCUCCGACCAGUACUACUACGGGCGCAAGAUCUCGACCGACUCUGGCUACGAUCGCCGGAUCUCGAUCGGAUCCGAGUGCGGAUCAGCACCACGCUCCCGCACCGGCAGCAUUCUCUGUAGUCAGCACGGCCCAACGGCGGCGACGACGACGGGCUCGGCCCUACCACUGAUGCCGGGUGGUGCCGAAACGGUCGUAAGGACACCGAUCGGACCGGACGGCAGCAAGGGUUUCGGGACGCGCACCAGACGCAUUGGCCACAUCGUGCCACCGGCUUAGGGCAACACGUCCCGCCCCGUCUCCCAUUCGACGCAGUAUUCUAAUUUCUCGGUUUAUUUUACUUUUUCGUUUGGCGCAACACCCCAGCGGUACUUGUAAGGCGUUUAUAGCGGCCGCUCCCGUUAGGUUAGGUUAGGGACACACACAGGCGUGCACGCAUCGCAUCAGCUGGU